GCAUGAGGACUACUGUCCCAUGCAGUAUACAGCCUUCUUAUCUGCUGCUGUUCUCCAGAAAAACUACCAGCAGCAAUGUGUUUCCAAUUGGUUUCAACUCUUUUAUUUACUUAUUGGAAUUUAGUGGUGGAGGAAAUUUGCACUGGGGAAAGCUCACUGAAAUUAUUAGUUCAGUUUGCCUGCAGAAUAAAACUUGUGCAAAGGCCUGGCCCCUGAGAUACUUAAAUAAUGCUCCUGUAUUUUGAGGGAUGAAACAGAAAUCUGGAAUUAUGUCAGGCAUGAAGUUUAUAUUGCAGCCCUCACUGAGGUACAGAAAGAAUCUGGUUUUAACAGAGAUAGAGGUUUUUUUGUGGUUUUUUUUUGUUUGUUUGUUCUUUUUUUUUUUCCCCAUAGCUGCUUGUAAGGUGCUAUUUUUUAGAUAUGUGACCAAAACAGUGCUGCCAAUACGAUGAUGCUUCAUUUGUUGCUAAGCAGUGCUUGCUCACACUCACAGAAUUCUGUUCAUUCUGCUUCUACACCAGCAAGGAGGCCAGUAGAGCACCAGAAGCUGGGAAUGAACACAGCGGGCCCCAGAUACCAAAAGGGAUGCCCCAUAUCAUAUGAGUCACUACGGGACUAACGUCAUACUCUCACAAUCAGAGGAAUUAUACAGCAAGAAACCCAUGCGGUGCCAGCCUCCUUCUCUGGUGACAUGAGUGACCACGUGGAAGAAAAUGACAAGAAAAGCAGCACUGCCCAGAAAACAUCUGCAGAAGAAUCUGUCUGUCUUGCUGCAGACUCAAUGACAGCACGACAACUGCAAAAAGUUCAGAAGGAACUAAAAUACUUAGCUUUUCAAAAUCCAGGACCUCAGGUAGCUAACUUCAAUCCUGAAACUAGAAAGCAGAGAAAAAAAGCACGCAUGUCACAGAUGAACAAAGACUGUUUUAAUAAGCCCAAAACUCUGAAGAAGUAUGACAGUCGCGGCCGGCUGCUUCGUAAUAACACUGAUUUAUGUGACUGCCUGGACAAGAACUGCCUGGGUUGCUUCUAUCCUUGCCCCAAAUGCAACUCAAAUAAGUGUGGGCCCGUAUGUCGGUGCAAUAGGAAGUGGGUUUAUGAUACAAUUGAGACUGAAGAUGGGAAUGUGAUCAGUGCUUUCCCAUCUUCUACUGAUGCCUGAUUUUGUUCUGAUAGCUUUGUCCCUGAGCAAAGUUCUUCUUUCUUCAUGUUUUACUGUAGCGAAUCUCAGCUUUAUGAAUUCUGCAAUGUCUGUCAAUGUUGCUUCUGCUUCUUUCUUGAUGCCUACUCAUCACACUUCAACAUUUCAUGUUAAGUAAAACUGUACUGAGGCUCUCAGCUCUGACUCAGGCACAUUUUGCAGUGGAGGGGUUAUGUCAGUGCACAGGAGAUUUCCUGAACCAGGGUAGACCCAAAGAGCAAAUCCCCUCCCUGCCUACCUCACCUGCCCAAGUGCCUGUAGAAGAGUUGAUGUCAUAGGUGACUCCCCUCUGUGGGGAACUGAGGGCCCAAUGUGCCAGCCAAACCUCAAAGCUAUCAUCUGCUAGCCUCUUGCCUAAAAAUUGAUUAAUUUUAUCUUCCUGUUUAUUUCUCUUGCCUAGUUUUUUGCCUAAUUUUUUUGUGAAGGUAAAGGUGUUUUUCUUUCUACUAACUUCCUACAUGGCUGGGGGGUAUGAUGUUAUUGAGUUCCUUUUUAUUCCAAAGACUCCACUGAGCAUGUUCUGCUAGGUACAAACUUGAAGGCUCAGAUAAUUAGAGAUAGUUACGUGCUAAAUCUUGUUGUUUGACUUCAUUUCACUCUACCAGACUUUAAGCUAGUCAGUUAGACGCUGAAGACAAGCACUACUGAACAAUUUGUCUAUAGUUUUAUCUAAGAAGCUUUCACAGAUCUGUGGACAAAAGAAAUACAAAAUAAAUAAUCCCCCUAAAAUCAA